AGCAAACAGCGGUUAGGUGGCUUACUGAGGAUCUCACAGCCGGUGCCUAACGCUAUAUUUGAACUAGUGUUUCUGACUCCAGGACCGGCGCUCUCUUCAAGUGUGGGGAUCCGAGUUGGGGUCCAGAAAGCCGGGUGUAAAAGGAAAGCGAAUACGCCCCUAGUCUGCAUGCAGGACCAGGCAUGCCCGCUAGGGGCCGCCAGGGAGCGCCCCGGGCCCGGAGUACUGUCAGCGGCCAUAUUGGAAGUCGACCACUGCACUUGUGCUUCUGCCUGAGGAAACGCGGGGAUACUUCCGGAAGGCCGCUCCCCGGAGGGCGCACCCGACAGGUGCCUCACCUGAUUUGCUCCAGUCUCUUCUGAAGUCCCUUCUUGGACAGGAGCCUAGCGUUGGGCCGAGAACCGGAGCCACCCAAUCAGCUCUCGGUGGAGGCGCGUGCGCAAAUGGACUCGCGACCUCACGGUAACCCUUGACCUCACGACAGCCUCUCCCCCUCCCCCAGUGUCAAGAUGGCGCUGUCCAGGGUCUGCUGGAGACGCUUUUCUCUAGGCGGUCCCCCAGGACCCUUCUUCUCUCUGCGGCUGCAGCCUGGGCGCCGGAGCCCGGCCUGGGGGCCUCCUAGACCUUCCAGGCUUCAUCUCUCCUCCAAAGUUGCCCUGAAGAGCGUUUUCUCCUCCGUGAUGACCAAGGCAAAGUUGGUUAAUGAUAAAUAUAAUCGCUUCUUGGAGCGUCGCUUCCCCCGAUUCUAUCUCGUGUAUUCACUCUUCCUGCAAGGAUUUCAGAUGCUUUGGGCUGAUGCAAAAAAAGCUAGAAGAAUAAAGGCAUUGAUGGCCCAGCAAAAAUUAAUGUUUCAUCAGCUUUCAUACCGGGAUAUGGAGCAUAUGAGACAGUUUCGACGAGAUAUCACCAAGUGUCUUUUCCUGGGCAUCAUUUCCAUCCCACCCUUUGCCAACUACCUGGUCUUCCUGCUGAUGUAUUUGUUUCCCCGGCAACUGCUGAUCCGGCAUUUCUGGACCUCAAAGCAGCAGAUGGAAUUCUUGGAUAUCUACCAUGCUCUCCGCAAGCGGUCUCAUCCAGAGAUCCUCAGCUGCUUAGAAAAGGCCAUCCCUUUGGUGUCAGAUGAGGCUCUCCGGUGGCAUUUGACACAGCUGUGCACCAAGGUUCGGAAUGGUGCUUCUCCUGGUGUACAUGAUCUGCAGCCUUUGAAGGAGUGUUUCUCUGACUAUCCCCUGAACAUGGUUUAUCUUUCUACUGCACACAUGAAAGCCUUGAGUCGGGCCAUGUUUCUCACACCUCACCUACCCUCUGUUUUGCUGAGAUACCGUCUGCGUUAUCACAUCACUGUGCUUCACCAACUAGACAAAGCUUUGAAAAGACUGGGGAUUGGCCAGCUGACUGCUCAGGAAAUAAAAUCGGCUUGCUAUCUCCGUGGCCUGGAUUCCACCCACCUUGCUGAAGAGAAGUGCCAAAAAUGGCUGAAAGACUGGCUACAGCUUUCCUGUAGCUUGAGAAGCAGCGAGAUGUCCCUCCUGCUGCAUGCUGUGGUCUUACUUUCUACCAGCUACCCUGGCACAAGGCGCUGAGGGAGCCACUAAAAAGAACAAGACUGUCCUAGAUCUUUCUUGGAUAUGCAGCCUGGGACCAGGUGCCUGUCAGCCCCAGACUCCUAGACAGAGGAACAAAUGCUACAGGCCUUAUAGUAUGGUAUCCGAAGGAGGAGGAAGAGCUACUGUUUCCCUUCCAACUAGAACUGAAAACGAGUCCAUUCAAAUGGUGUGACUCUGGUGGGGUCUGUCCCCACACCAGUCAGUGUUAUCUGGAAGCAGCCCUGUGCACUGGACCCCUUUGUGAUCGUAAUCAAGUUCCAGUUCUGGGAAAACAGCCUGUUUCAUCUUCAUUAAGGCCCUGUCUGCUGCUAGGUUCCUUCUGGCUGGUUUUCCACUGAACUAAAUUCCUGUAUGGUACAGGGAACAAAGCUACUUAAACUUAAGCACUUAUACCCCUAAACAGUCUUCUGUCCCUUUAUAAAGUUGCCAGAGAGGGAUAUUCUUCUUCCCUUGCUGGCCCAGUAUUUUCUCCUACUCCUUUCUAAGUGUAUCCCUCACAGCAGGCUACAGUAGUUAGCUCCUCUCUACCUACCUGAGAUCCUGUAUUGAAAGGGAAAAAGGGAAGUCUUUCCCCUUGGAAGAGAACCUUUCCCUGUGUACUCCCUUCACAUGUUUACAGUUUCACCUGCUUUGUCUUAAUGUCUGGGCUAUUAUAUAGUCCCUGUGGAUCUUAAGAUUUCUGGCUCCUUCUACUGUGUAGUGGAUAACCAACUACCUCUGCCACAGUAGCUGCAGUGUUUGGGCCACAGAGAACACUAGAAAAACACCAGUUAGUGCCUGGCUCAGUGUGUCCAUCGUGGGAAGGUCUGUCCUCAAGAGACUGUAAAUUGGGCUAAGUUUCUGUAUGUGUACAUGUCCGUGACUUAUAACUUAUUGUAAAUGCAUGAAGCAACAUGUUCAACCACAAGAUCUAAUUAAACAAAUGGCUACAAAUUA